AGCACUUGCCAGGUAGGAAAGGUAGCGGUCACACCCGGUCACACUGCUUUUAUUGACGACGUAGGAGCUGGAAAAUUGUGAAGUGAAAAAAUUAAAAAAGUGCCCCCCACAACGUUAAUUUGGCCAGCAAUCUUACCACUUGCAUCAUCCCAACAAUGAACAUGUACAACGGACAGGUGAACGCCUUCGGUGGCGGUGGCGGUGGAGGCGGCAUGCUGCCCAAUCCCAAUGCCAAUGUUAAUCCCCGCAUGGGCGGCGGAGCUCCCGGCGGCGGCGCUAUGUUCCAGCGUAAUCGCUCUGCACCGUACCCGGGAUUCAAUGGUCAUGGACAUGGACCAGUUAACGGCGGCCAAAGACGCAUGAAUGGCGGCGGCGGCGGAGGGGGCGGUGUCCCACGCAACGACGGAGGAUUCGGUGGCCAGCGGUCAUCGAACCACGGUGCUCACCUCCCAAAGAUCGUCUGGUCGGAGGUGAACCUAACCCCCUUCCGCAAAAACUUCUACAAGCCCUGCGACUCGGUGCUGGCCCGCACACAAGGCGAAACCGAGACCUUCCUCGCCAACAAUGAGAUCACCAUAAAGGGCGACCAGGUGCCCACUCCGAGCAUUGAGUUCGAGGAGGGUGGCUUCCCAGACUACGUGAUGAACGAGAUCCGCAAGCAAGGCUUUGCCAAGCCCACAGCUAUCCAGGCUCAGGGAUGGCCCAUCGCGAUGAGCGGCAGGGAUCUAGUGGGUGUGGCCCAGACAGGAUCGGGCAAGACCCUGGCCUAUGUGCUGCCAGCUGUUGUCCACAUCAACAACCAACCGCGCCUGGAGCGCGGCGAUGGACCCAUUGCUCUGGUUCUGGCACCCACUCGCGAGCUGGCGCAGCAGAUCCAGCAAGUGGCUAUCGAGUUUGGAAGCAACACUCAUGUGCGCAAUACCUGCAUUUUCGGCGGAGCACCCAAGGGCCAGCAGGCUAGAGAUUUGGAGCGCGGCGUUGAGAUCGUCAUUGCAACGCCCGGCAGGUUGAUCGACUUCCUCGAGCGAGGCACCACCUCGCUGAAGCGAUGCACCUACCUGGUGCUCGACGAGGCCGAUCGCAUGCUGGACAUGGGCUUCGAACCUCAAAUCAGGAAGAUUAUGCAGCAGAUCCGUCCGGAUCGCCAGGUUCUCAUGUGGUCCGCCACCUGGCCCAAAGAGGUCCGCCAGCUGGCCGAGGAGUUCCUGAACAACUACAUCCAGGUGAACAUUGGGUCGCUGUCGCUUAGCGCCAACCACAACAUUCUGCAGAUCGUCGACGUCUGCGACGAGAACGAGAAGCUUAUGAAGCUGGUCAAGCUGCUGACGGACAUCUCGGCGGAGAGCGAGACAAAGACCAUCAUUUUCGUGGAGACCAAGAAGCGGGUCGAUGAGAUCACCCGCAAUAUCUCCCGCCAGGGCUGGCGCGCUUGCGCCAUCCACGGCGACAAGUCGCAGCAGGAACGCGACUUUGUUCUUUCGAGUUUCCGCAACGGCCGUCACUCGAUUUUGGUGGCCACGGACGUGGCUGCUCGCGGACUGGACGUUGACGAUGUCAAGUUUGUGAUCAACUACGAUUAUCCUUCCAACUCGGAGGACUAUGUGCAUCGCAUCGGGCGCACCGGACGCUCCAACAACAGGGGCACGGCCUACACCCUGUUCACGCAUUCCAACGCCAACAAGGCAAAUGAUCUGAUCCAGGUGCUGCGCGAGGCCAACCAGACCAUUAGUCCCAAACUGAUGAACAUGGCCAUGAGCGGGGGCUACAACAAGCGCGGAGGCGGUAUGGGCGGCGGCUACCGUGGCGGCAACGGCUACCAGGGACGCAACCAGCAGAUGGGCGGCGGCUACAAUGGUGGCCGCGACUACCGUAACAACAACAACGGCGCCGGAGGCAAUCGCAAUGGUUUCAAUGGAGGAGGUGCUGGCGGACCGCCACGCUUCGACCAAAAGCCACGCACCUCGCCCCCGAAUCAUGGCGGCAACGGAGGCUAUCGCGGCCAGGGUAAUCAGGGAGCCGGUGGCUACCAGGGCCAGCAACAGCAGCAGCAGCAGAAUGGCGGAGUGCAAUUCUCGCGCUUCAAUCCGAAUGCCGCCUGUUUCGAGCCGAAGACACAGAACGCACCGGGAGUUAUUCCCCAGCAGGCCCAACACCAGCACCAGCAGCAUCAGCAGCCACAAGCCCAGGCUCAGGCCCAGGCCCAGGCUGCACAGCAACAUCUUGUGACUGAUGCUGCCUACGGUAUUGACCAGAAGCGUUCCCGUUUCUCGCCGUACAACAUGAACUUUGGCAACAUGCCGGCGCCGGCACUGAACCAGCCCCAGCAGCACCCGACUCCGCAAGCUCACCAAGCCCAUCAGGGCCACCCAGCUCACCAAGCGCAUCAGGCUCAACCGGCGGCCGCAGCUUUAGCGGCCGGAGGAGCUUUGCCGUACGGCCAGUAUUCGUCAAUGUCCUCCAGCAUGGCCACCGUGUCGCUGAACGGCGGAGGAGUGGCGGUGCCUUAUUCUUACCGAGCUCAGUAUGCAGUGCCGACGCCGGCGGACGUCUUCGCUUACCCGCCGCCUCCGCUGCCCGUGCAGAACUAGAGGCUUCAUUAGCAUACCAAAUUCGUAGAUUCGACUCUACUGUAAUUUCCUUUCCCCACACACCACACACUAAACACUACACACCAUACACCAAACACCACAUCCAUUAUACGCACAUCCAGUAUGCAUAUACACAUCAUGUACACGAAUCACGACAACGAUCACCAUUUCAGACUUGAUAGGGAAGAUGUUGGAUGAGCGUCGUCGAUAGCGUUCGUACGUUCUGUGUAGAUCUCCUCCGCCCACACCGUAGCUAUGUAAUAUGGUUUAAUCUGGAAUCAAAUACGCUUUUAAUUUGAUAAAUCUCUUUGUUUAACCUCCCACGAACCUAGGUACUCCCAAUUUAGUUAAUAAGACUUUGGUUUAGUCAAAUUGUUAGGGCAUUCGAGUGCCGAUCAUCGAUGUUGUUGGCAUUUAUCUUUCCAAAGGCCCUGGGCGUAUUUGAUUUCUUUAUACAAUUCUCGAAUAUUGUACCAAUCUAUUCCUACAAUUGUUGCAAAAUAGGUGUUUGCAAUGCUCCUAAAACAAACAACAAACAAAAACAAAAAC